AUGGCUAAGCGCAAGGAACGAACCCUGAGCGAGCUAUACAAUGUGACUCAGAUUAUGACAGAACCGGAGGCACGUAAUUAUGUUGCCCUGUUUGAUUAUCAUCAAUUAAUCACCCCAGUCUUGGAAGGGAAAUGUCAGAUGCAAGGACCCGUUGAUGAAAGAGAGUAUGAUGUCCAGACGAAUAUGGUUGUGACUAUUGUGGAUUUCUAUUUUGACGGCAGUUCAGACGGUAGAUACAUUGGUGCUGGGAAACUUAGUAUGGAGCUACUGCUUACUGGCACAAUUAGAUGGUCUCUAGUUGAUGGCAGGACAGUGUCUUCUGGAGUAGAUAAGGGAUUUAUCAGCCAUUCCAUAAGUCAAAAAGUUGAGUCUGGGACAUGUAACGUGUGCUCCACUCCUUGCUCGUCUUGUUUGCAUAACAACCGAGCUCUUAUGGGGUCAAAGAUUGAUGAAUCUUCUGAUGAAACCUGUAGAGAAAAUGCCUUUAGUUAUUCUGUGAAUGAUGUUUUGCCCGCUGUUAAGAGCAAAAAAUAUGAAAUUGAUCAGCAUGCUGCCAGUGAAACUAGCAACGUGGUAAGUGGGAAUUCAAGUCAGGAUUCUUUGUCUGAAAAUGCAGAAAGUAAAGCAAGCUUGAGGACUAUGUCUGGUGCAUCUGAAGAUAUUGAGAUGCUUCCAAAGUUGUCGUCUGCUGGGUCUGUCAGAGAGGAUCAGCACACUGUAAGUUUGAAAUGUGAUUCAGAUCAGAGAAGCCUUUCAAAAAAGGUUGACUCAAAAGGUUUAGAAGGACAUGAUGAUAAUAUUUCGUGUGUAACUGGAGCUAAGGAAGCAAACAUUUUGUUCAGUUAUGGUGGAAAUGUAGACAGAAUAAAUUUACCCUGUUGUUCUGCUUCCGCUAGUAGUUUAGUUACAGAUGGAUAUGAUAAAACAGUUCAUUAUCGAACUGCUUCAGGAUGUUUAGAUUUAAAAUGUGAUGUGGAGACUCCUUUAACAAAAGACCCCGAUGAUGAUGCUGUCUUACAGAAGGUACAAAGCACAUAUUCCCAUUCUCCUAAUGACAAAUUUCUUCCCUGUGACUCAAAUUUGAGGGACUUUGAAGAGGCUUCAUGCUUGCAUCUUCAGGGGGAAUUGCCAGGGUGCUCAAGGGAGCAGUUGAAUACUUGUGCGACAAAAGAUGUAGUAUCUGAUACUGUUUAUGACCAGAAAUGUUCGGUAAAUUAUUGUGAUGAUAUUCAAAAUAUUAAUGUUUGUCCAGUUGAAGGCAAUUCUGAGGCUUCAGUCAAAUUUCGUCAGAUGUUAGACAUUGAAACUGACAAUGACUCUGUUGAUCCGCCUGCUGAAGCAUUGGCUUCUGCUGAACAGAAUGAAGUUGAGAAAGGCAGGGAAUCAUCUCUCUUACCUCAUAUGAAGGAGACUUCUUUGCCAUUCCCUCGUGUGGAUGAGAGUGAUGAAUCAGAUAUUGUUGAGCAUGAUGUGUCUUCUGGAGUAGAUAAGGGAUUUAUCAGCCAUUCCAUAAGUCAAAAAGUUGAGUCUGGGACAUGUAACGUGUGCUCCACUCCUUGCUCGUCUUGUUUGCAUAACAACCGACCUCUUAUGGGGUCAAAGAUUGAUGAAUCUUCUGAUGAAACCUGUAGAGAAAAUGCCUUUAGUUAUUCUGUGAAUGAUGUUUUGCCCGCUGUUAAGAGCAAAAAAUAUGAAAUUGAUCAGCAUGCUGCCAGUGAAACUAGCAACGUGGUAAGUGGGAAUUCAAGUCAGGAUUCUUUGUCUGAAAAUGCAGAAAGUAAAGCAAGCUUGAGGACUAUGUCUGGUGCAUCUGAAGAUAUUGAGAUGCUUCCAAAGUUGUCGUCUGCUGGGUCUGUCAGAGAGGAUCAGCACACUAUAAGUUUGAAAUGUGAUUCAGAUCAGAGAAGCCUUUCAAAAAAGGUUGACUCAAAAGGUUUAGAAGGACAUGAUGAUAAUAUUUCGUGUGUAACUGGAGCUAAGGAAGCAAACAUUUUGUUCAGUUAUGGUGGAAAUGUAGACAGAAUAAAUUUACCCUGUUGUUCUGCUUCCGCUAGUAGUUUAGUUACAGAUGGAUAUGAUAAAACAGUUCAUUAUCGAACUGCUUCAGGAUGUUUAGAUUUAAAAUGUGAUGUGGAGACUCCUUUAACAAAAGACCCCGAUGAUGAUGCUGUCUUACAGAAGGUACAAAGCACAUAUUCCCAUUUUCCUAAUGACAAAUUUCUUCCCUGUGACUCAAAUUUGAGGGACUUUGAAGAGGCUUCAUGCUUGCAUCUUCAGGGGGAAUUGCCAGGGUGCUCAAGGGAGCAGUUGAAUACUUGUGCGACAAAAGAUGUAGUAUCUGAUACUGUUUAUGACCAGAAAUGUUCGGUAAAUUAUUGUGAUGAUAUUCAAAAUAUUAAUGUUUGUCCAGUUGAAGGCAAUUCUGAGGCUUCAGUCAAAUUUCGUCAGAUGUUAGACAUUGAAACUGACAAUGACUCUGUUGAUCCGCCUGCUGAAGCAUUGGCUUCUGCUGAACAGAAUGAAGUUGAGAAAGGCAGGGAAUCAUCUCUCUUACCUCAUAUGAAGGAGACUUCUUUGCCAUUCCCUCGUGUGGAUGAGAGUGAUGAAUCAGAUAUUGUUGAGCAUGAUGUAAAAGUUUGUGAUAUCUGUGGGGAUGCUGGUCGGGAGGAUUUGCUUGCUAUAUGUUGUAGGUGCAGUGAUGGUGCAGAGCACACCUAUUGCAUGCGUGAAAUGCUGGAUAAAGCUCCAGAAGGUUAUUGGCUGUGUGAAGAAUGCAAGUUUGAUGAGGAAACAAAGGACGAUAAUAAAAAGAAAUAUGGUUCAGUGGUUGGGGAUGAAGAAAAUGAAUCGUAUGGCCUAGCUGUCACUGAUAGUACUUAUGUCUCUUUGAAAUCGGAUGGAAAUGGUUCAGAUGUUGAGGUAAAUAGAACUAACAGAGGCAGUUUGAGUGUGAAAGUAUCUGGUAAAAGACAUGCAGAUGACAUAGAAGUUUCUUCAGCUGCAAAAAAGCAGGCUCGUGAAGCAAUUAUUGGAUCAUCAAAUAUAUCCAGUCCCAGCAGGCCAGCUGCACUUUCUCGUGAUAGUUCAUUCAAGAACCUAGAUAAGGGGAAAGUGAAGACUGUACAUGAAUCUUUUUCUGUCACUCACUCUGUCACUUGCACUUCAGAAGCUGCUUGCUCUCCUAGUACAGGUCCAAGACUGCAGACACCUCGAAGUGCUUUCUUAAAGUCUAAUUCCUUCAGUUUCUCAAAUGGUAAACCAAAAGUUAAGCCUGUAGAUGAUGUUGUUCCUCAGAAGCAGAAAUCUGCUAGAGAACAAGCUUCUCUUGACGUGAAGGAAGGGACUGCCAGAUUGAUUGGAAAAUCCAUGUCAUUUAGAUCUGCGAAUUCAGGCUGUUUAAUUGAGCCAAAAGUAAAGAUGCCAUCGCCUAGAUUUUCUCAUGUUCAGGAUCCAAAAGGAUUGAAACAAGCAAAAGAAAGGAACUUAUUUGAAAGGAUGAAUUCAUUUAAAUCAGAACGCCCAUUGGUUAAUUCACCAAUGGCCACCUCUGUUGUCUCUGCAUCGAAAGUUGAUAAGAAACUAGCAUCUCGUGGUGAAACUCUCUCUCUUUCAUCCGCAAACAACCACCGUGAAAAGAAGGUUGUGCAAUCUGACAGUAAAUCAAUUACAUCAUUAAAGGCAACUAGUCAUGCUGUUCAUCGGGAUUCAGAAAUUCCAGUUCCAUUAGGUAUGAGUGUUCCAUCUUAUGGUGAAGUUAGGAAGCAGUCUUCAGGCCUCCCCAGUGUAGUUGGAGCUCAAUAUGCCAAGAGGAUUAGUGGCUUUGGGGAGCAAAAGCCUAUCCGGGCUAGCCCAAAGGACGAUUACUCAUUGAGUUCUGGUNGCCAAGAGGAUUAG